UUUUUAAGCGACAGCCAACUAUAAAUUUUCGAGAACCGGAUCGAUGGAACGAACGACUGAGAACCGAGAAUCUUCUCUACCUGGGGCAGACUAUCAGAGGAGUCAGGACACAAGUCUACACAAGUUCACACUGCACAAUCGAGGAGUCACGUUGGUGCAGCGAUUGUAAACUUGCGAACCUCUAGUCCUGAUGGCUAGCUUGCUGCCUGAUGACAUACUUUUCAUGAUCUUCAAGUUGGUCUGUGAAGAUGGCAAGGAAGCAUUUCAUGAAUUUCUCGAAGGACGUUCUGGCACGGGCGCAGUUUGGGACGAUUGGGGAGAUGCCUUCGAGCUCGAGGGCGAUGAAUGGGAACCUGCAUGCGAUAUUCCGCCGCCAUCAACCUUGCUAGCAGCGGCUGUGUGCAAGCGUUGGCAGUCUUUCGUGACGCAGACUCCAUCAAUGUGGACCGAGCUGCGGAUAUCCUUCCAUGAAGGUGCUGCGGCUCUCGAGCAUGCACAGAGGUUUCUCCGUUGUAGCGGAUCGCACCUUCUCCAUAUUACGCUUCUCUGGGACGAUCCCAGUUGGAUUUCCCCGGAUAUUGUUGAAGAUGCUGAUACCACUGGGUUGAAAUACACAACACGCGGAGAAAUCAUGGCUGGCGUCCAGCUUAUCUUGGUCAUACAGGAGUUAUAUGCCCAUGUGCAUCGUUGGCGCGAGUUUACGCUCAGGACGACUUCCAUUGCCCACACAUAUCAAGCACUGUCGUUGUUGUCACGUCCUUCCGUCCACCCAGCCCAUAAACUAGAAAAACUACAUCUCCAAUUCAUACAUAACCCACGUCAUGCAACUCACUCUACGGAUGAACCGUCACUGUUCCCUGGCUCAGUGCCUCCCAUCCGCGGUCUUCUCCUUUUUGGCAUAAACUGGGCCUGGCCGUCCUCCCAUAUGUUUUCACAGAAUCUUGUAGAUCUCAGAGUCUACUAUGAUGGUUAUUGUACCACCUCCCUCGGGACUCCUGAGCCAGCAAAGGUUUUGUCGCAGCUCCUUGGCGCGCUAGUCAACCUCCAGACACUGGCACUCGAGUUAGAGCUCGUAGAUUUUGCGGGCACCACGCCCAUCGAGUUGCCCCAUUUACAUACCCUGGCUAUCAAGUCACGCUCAAUGGAAUCCUGGACUGCAGCGUUUCUCCACGAUGUUCACAUGCCGGAAAUGCGGAUAUUGACGUUGUGUGUAGCAACGUUAGAGCAGGUGAACAGUGUCGAAGGGGUCUUCGACGAACUAGCCACCCUUACCGAUCCUGAUGCGACCGAUCCUGAUGCGGACGAUCCUUCUAGCUAUCUUCUUGAGCUAGAAGAACUACAUCUCCUUAAUUUCAGACACAGCGAACAACCCGAGCUCCUCCACCGCCUCUUCACACAAAUGAGCUUCGUUGACACGUUGACGCUGGGACCAGGGACAAAUGACGGCAAUGUUAAGCUGGCAAUGGCGCUGCUCCCUACGCCAUACGGACUACCGGAUCUCCCUCUUUCUAGUCUUCGGACGUUGGUCGCAUUUGACGUUCCAAAGAACGUCAUGCGCCACAUCGUACUAGAACGAACGAUGCUCUAUGCGCCAUUGGAGGAGCUUUACUAUCAUGAAGGUCGAGAGGAUAAGAGCGUCGAAGAUGAUUGGCAGCAUCAUGUCGAGAAGUAUCAUCGUAUCGGUAACAUGAGCUCUGAACAUUAUGCCGAUGUUGUCGGCAGGCGGUGGUCAUAUUUAGCAUAGUGCCCUCAUUUCAGAUAGAAUUUUCGCAGUCGCAGUUUCACUUGUCUUGGCUAGCAAGGACGACCAAAUGUUCACGAGAAGCUCAAGUUGUAGC